AAUGAAGUGGGUAAAUAAUUACCAUGUUGGUCUUCUUAUGCUCAGUCAUCCAGCUUUCGUGUGCAUUCUGUGUGUCUUAAGGGACUGUAGAAGGUGUCAUCGUGAGGCUGUUUGAACUGAAACCAUGGCCAAGGACAUGACUCUGCUGUGGGGCACUGGCUCUGUUCCCUGCUGGAGGGUGAUGAUCAUGCUGGAGGAGAAGCGGCUGCAGGGCUACGACAAAAAACUGCUCUCCUUUGAGAAAAUGGAGUACAAAUCCCAGGAAGUGCUAGAUAUAAAUCCGAGGGGUCAGCUUCCAUCUUUCAAACACGGAAACAUCAUUGUGAAUGAAUCCUACGGCAUCUGUUUUUACCUGGAGAGCCAGUUUAAAAACCAGGGAACCAAACUGAUCCCAGAUGACACCGACCAACAAGCUCUGAUGUACCAGCGCAUGUUUGAAGGUCCCACAUUCUACGAUAAAGUCGGUGCUGUUGUCUACUAUGAAUAUUACGUCCCUGAAGGAGAGAGGCACGACUCAGCUGUGAAGAGAAACAGAGAGGCUCUGGUCACUGAGCUGAACCUCUGGGAAGGAUACCUGCAGAAGCUGGGUGCUGGCUCUUACCUGGCGGGACCGUCUUUCACACUGGCCGAUGUGGUUGUUUUUCCAGUUGUUGGUAUUCUUUUUGGAUUUGGGGUCGCGGGGGAUGCUGGAGCCUCUCCCAGCUGACUCGGGUGAAGGCAGGGGACACCCUGGACAGGUCGCCAGUCUGUCGGAGGGCGAUAUGGGAAGUCUUGUACUUGAAAUAACUGGAGUUCAAGUGUAUCAAACUGUAUCAGAAGAGCACGGCUACUAGGAACUGGAAAAACAAAUGUUAUUGUCAGUGUCUAGAAGUCACCAAGGCUAACCAUUUAGCAUGCUACCAAGUAGGUAAUGUAGGAAAUACAAAAGACAUAAUGAAAGAUGAGGCUGUUGGGAAUAUCUACUGACAAUUUCAAUAUCGGAAGUCAAAACUUUCGGAAAAUUUCUGCUUCCACAGUUGUGAAUACAACAAUUCUCAGUCACUGUUUUCAUGAAGAUGAUAAACUGCUGCUGGCUCUAGGUAGUGGCAGUGCUCUCCCUUCCCUCUCCCUUCACUUUCCUGCUCAGGUGGGUGUGUUUGCAUGUGGCACUGGCAGAGAGGUUGCAGCCAAGCUAAUCAGUGGGAGCUGGCACAUGAGCAGAUGGGAGUGACCAAGCCAACUACCUCUCUGUCCAUAAAGACAGACACUACACACCACUCAACUGUCAAACAGUCUACAAUUAGUUCUGAGUCUCUAUUCAAGUCUAGCUCCCUUUGCUUUGAUUCCUGCCAAUCCUUUCUGGACUCCUCAUACCUCCACCCGGAUUUCCUACUCCAAGCCUCUGACAUCUGAAUCCACGUCUGUAUUCUGGAUCCACCACCAAUCCUACUCACCCCUCCAGCCCUAACUCUAAACCUUACCCUCACCAUGACCUCCUCCUGGCUGAGCUGAUUCAAAGCACUGCACCACCACCCUCACAAGCCACGGCGAUGCCACACGCAUCCACUCUCCACUGUCACGGCCUCCUGUACCCCCUCUCUGUCUUAGUACUCAGCGAAGUUCCUAUUAGCUUCUGAGCCAGACCUGCUAGUUGAUUCCUGCCUUUUGACAUCCAGUAAUGUUACUAGUUUAGUAGCUGUAUUCAGCUUUGACUUCCCUGCUUAGCUGCCUAGGUUUUCCAUAUCGAGGGUCACUUAAUUCUUCUUGGUGUUCUGUUAAAUUCUAGUGUUAUUAUUCCACCAGUAUUUUGGAGCACACCCGUUUCAGCCUCUGUAGUUUUGCACUCGUGACUCCUAAGUCACUUCCGUUUGUAGUUGUAUGCUAUCAGUUAUAGACUGUAACCCGAAUCACUCCUGUUGUACAAGAAGUCUUCUUUUACAUUCUAUUGUUUGUCGUGUCUCUUACUCUGCACUUGAGCCUCAUUAGCGGAUUCUUAACAGUAACCCCAUUUGAAGGCAGCGAAAAACGCAAAUGAAAUGAACAUGUUUGCACUUCUUUGAGAUCUAAUCCGUAAAUUACAUCACAGUGUGUAGAUGUUGCAGUUC